CAUUUCCAGCCGCUGCCGCGAUGAGUUGCAACAUUAAGGAGACGAUUACUGUGUCUAGCAAAGGCAGGAGCAGUGGUGGCAGCUGUAUCAUUGGUGGUGGUGGUGGAGCACGGAUUUCUUCCUAUACAAUAGGCAGUGGCAGAGGCUUUUCUGGAAGGAGUUACUGCGGUGGAGUGAAUUAUGGAGGGGGACUGAGUGUCGGUAGCUUGGCUGGUGGGAGCUAUGGAGGUGGCAACUGCUAUGGCAAUGGCCUUGGUUUUGGCAUUGGAGGCGGUGUGGUUGUCGGUGGCCUUGGUGGCGACUGCUUGCUUUCAUCCUGCGAUGAGAAAGUGACCAUGCAAAAUCUCAAUGACCGCCUGGCGUCCUACCUGGACAAGGUGAAGUGCUUGGAGAAGGAAAAUGCAGAGCUGGAAUGCAGAAUCAGAGAGUGGUACGCUACACAGGGCCUCUCCUGCGAGCCCCGGGACUACAGCUGCUAUUACAAAGAAAUUGAAGAUCUCCAGAAUCAGAUUGUCUGUGCGACCAUUGAUAACAACAAGAUCAUUCUGGACAUCGACAACAGCAGGAUGGCCGCGGAUGAUUUCCGUGUGAAGUACGAGACGGAGCUGGCCCUUCGCCAGAGCGUGGAGGCUGACAUCAACGGGCUGCGCCAGGUCCUGGACCAGCUGACGCUCUGCAGGUCCGACCUGGAGGCACAGCUGGAGUCACUGCGGGAGGAGCUCUGCUGCCUGAAGAAGAACCACGAGGAGGAAAUGAAUUGUCUGAGAAAGCAGUCUACUGGAGAUGUGAGUGUGGAGGUCAACGCCUGCCCUGGGCCAGAUCUCAGGCAGAUCUUGGAGGAUUUGAGAUGCCAGUAUGAAACACUGAUAGCGCGCAACCGCAAGGAAGUUGAGGAUUGGUACGAGUGCAAGAUCGAGGAGGUGAAUCGGGAGGUGAUCACGAGCGGUCAGGAGGUGGAGACGUGCAACAAUCAGGUCACGGAGCUGAGGCGGCAGCUGCAGGCCCUGGAGAUCGACCUGCAGGCUCAGCUCAGCCAGAGGAAUAAUCUAGAAUCCUCCCUGGCUGAGACGGAGUGCCAGUACAACACGCUGCUCGGUGAGCUACAGAACCAGAUCACGUGCGUGGAGCAGCAGCUGGCAGAAAUAAGAGCAGAAAUAGAGUGCCAGAACCAGGAGUACAAGACCUUAUUGGACGUCAAGUGCCGUUUGGAACAGGAGAUUCAGACCUACCGCUGCUUGUUGGAAGGAGGACAGCAGGACCUUAUUCAUGGAGGAGGAAUUGGAGUAGGGAGCGGUGUUGGAGGAGGAGUCAUUAGGACAAGCCACACCUACACUACAACCACAGCAUCCCACUGCCAGCCACAAGUCCCGCCCUGCAAGACCGGGGACAUACAGGGUAAGAGCUGCUUCCACACCAGGACAACACCUUUUUGCCCAGUUUGUUCCUUUGCAGUAAGGCCAGGAGACAACGCUAUGUCCUAAACCACCAUUUAUA